UCUUGGCGGUUCAGCAUUUUCAAAUACGUUUAACAUAAACAGAAACAAAAAUGAAUUAAGAAAAAAAAAGCAAAAACAAAAACACAAACAGAAAUUAAACUCAGUUCAAAUGAUUGAUUCAAAUACACUUAUAUAUCUACUGUGUUAAGUAAAUGUUUUUUAAAUAAAGAAGACGAAGUUUUUUUGUAUACAAAGUCAUUAUGAACAACUAUCCUAAGUCCCGGUAUGUGAAGAAACUCAAUCAAUGCUUAAGUGCUUCAGCAAACGUAAUAUAUUGUAUGGCUGUUAUUGCUGUUGUUUGCAAAUAAAAAAGUUAAAAAAGAAACUUUUUUUUUUUUUUUGGAUAUUCUCUCAUCAAAAUGGCGAACAUAUUGUCAACGUAUAACAGAAAACUUUUUCGUAAAUUGAAAAAACCAUUAAAGGGCUCCUCUCAUCACACAUCAUUAAAUACAACAUUGGCAUCUACAGGAACGACAACAACAGCAACAACAUUAACAACAACUACAACAACAACAACAGCGACAGCGAUUUUAACAAAUCAACCUGUCAACGAGGAGAAUUCAAAUGAAAAUUUUAUGGAUUUCAAAGAUCACGUAAUAAAUGAUUCAUCCUCGUCGUCGUAUCUGGUAGAAACUUAUGCCGAUAAUUUGUUACAGUUAGAAUUGCAGCCCUAUUCGGGCUAUGUAAAUGAAUUAAAUUCCACAGUAACAAUUGAUGUCUACAGUACCGCAUUUAGUCCGACAAUGUCCGCCGUCGCUGCCACUGCUACUGCCAGUAAUAGGAAAGAACUAGCAAUGGAUUCAUUGCUAAGCUCCGUUAUGACCACUGCCACCGCAAUAACUUCUACAUCCGACUAUAACGUAUUAAGUGAAUCUGCCGGCCUCACUUAUACCAGUGCAUACUCUAACAAUAACAACAAUAAUAAUAAUAAUAAUAAUAAUAAUAAUAACAACAACAACAACAGCGAAUCUGCCUAUUGGGAAUUGGAAACAGCUGAUUUCGAUUUCCUUUAUCGCCACUCGUUAACCAUGACCAUUGUCUAUUGCAUCGCUUAUGUCAUCGUAUUUUUGGUUGGUUUAAUUGGCAAUAGCUUUGUUAUAGCGGUAGUCUUACGCAUGCGUAACAUGCGUACCGUCACCAAUUAUUUCAUUGUGAAUUUAGCGAUCGCUGAUAUUCUGGUUAUUGUUUUUUGCCUGCCAGCUACACUGAUGAGCAACAUUUUUGUACCUUGGAUGCUUGGCUGGUUAAUGUGCAAAACAGUACCUUAUAUACAGGGCGUAUCUGUGGCUGCCUCGGUUUACAGUCUAAUAGCGGUUUCGCUGGAUAGAUUCAUAGCGAUUUGGUGGCCAUUGCGUCAGUUAUCGAAGAGUAGAGCUCGCUUCAUGAUUUUGUGCAUUUGGAUUAUAGCAUUCGGUAGCACUAUACCGUGGGCUCUUUAUUUCGAUUUGGUACCAACGGCCGAGGCCUAUCCGCUAGCACCGGAUAUGUAUUUGUGUCAGGAAGUUUGGCCACCGGGAACAAAUGGAAAUUUAUAUUUCCUGUUAGCGCAUCUGUUGGCCUGCUAUGUGCUGCCCAUGUUUCUGAUAACCUUGUGUUACGUUUUGAUUUGGAUCAAAGUGUCAACGCGCUCAAUACCUGGCGAUACCAAGGACGCACAAAUGGAUCGAAUGCAACAAAAGUCUAAAGUUAAGGUCGUUAAAAUGUUGGUUGCCGUCGUUAUAUUGUUUGUACUAUCCUGGCUGCCUCUGUAUGUGAUAUUCGCUCGCAUAAAGUUCGGCGGAGAGAUUUCCAUUGAGGAGAGUGAAAUCUUGAACAAGGUCACACCGUUUGCUCAAUGGCUGGGCUCAUCAAAUUCAUGCAUUAACCCCAUUCUGUAUGCGUUCUUUAAUAAAAAAUAUAGACGAGGCUUUGCCGCUAUUAUUAAGUCGCGCUCUUGUUGCGGCCGUCUAAGAUAUUACGAUAAUGUCGCUAUAGUUUCAUCAACUACUAGCACGAGUCGUCGCAAAUCAUCACACUACCAUCAAAACAACGGAUCACGUAAGAAUCCUAGCAGUCCUGGUUUGCGUAAAACCAACGCGGUUUCCUAUAUUUACGAGCACAACUCGUUACGGCGCCACAAUCUGAUGUGCAAACAGGAUAGCAAUUUGUCACAACAGAUGCUUUUAAAACAAGACUCGCAUGGGUCACGACAAUAUCUUAUUAAACAAGAGAGUGCUUCCAGCGAUGGGUCACGUCGUUUGCUAUGCCAACAAGAUAGUAACGGUUCUAAAAUGUCUCUAUCUAAACAAGAUUCAGUUGUUUCCUAUUAUUUGGAGAAUAAACGUGCUGGUCACAAUCUCCACGAUUCAUUUUCUACUCAGGAUUCCAUGUCGGUAGACUCACGACGCGGUACCAUAACAAAGUGUAAUGAAAACGGUGGUGUCUCACCAACAGUUGGCUCACUGUUGGAGCAUAAACGGCAAAAAUUUGUUAAACAAGAUUCGGUUAUAUCGUUCGGUGACCAAAGACCCGAACCACGUCGCCAUCAAUUAGUCAAACAGGACUCAGUUAUAUCAUUUGCUGAUCAACGGCGGGGAAUUUUGAACAAACAGGAUUCGAUUAUAGCUUGCCCUAAUCGUAAUGGCGAUGGUACUGGUCAUCAUGUAUCCAUACUGAAGAAAACCGAUUCACAAAUCAGCGGCAGUUUCUGUUCACCACGACGUAAUAUAGAAAUUUUUGAAUAAACCUAAACCUGUGGUGCACAAUAGCAAAUAGAAGAAGAAGAAAAAUAGAAAUAAAAAAAACCAACUACUGCUACUACUACUACUACUAU